ACUUAAUUCAUUUUUCCAUUUCAUUCAUUUUGGAGGUGGUUUAAUAACCCAAGUCUUUAUUAAGAACCACUGCUUUAGUCUAAAGACAAUUUUGUGUGCUGGGAAAAAUGAACGGAAAAUAGAAUAACUAAGACUAGUAACAUCUCGGUAUUCCCAAAUAAGAAUGUUAAAGUAGAUGUGCUGCAAAUGCAUUGAAAAUUCGUACUUUUGCACGUUUCACUAAUGUUAGCACUUCGGCCACCGGUUAGACGGACACAUCCGGUUGCAAGCUAAAAUAGCUUAAUGCUAAAAGUGCACGACAGAAAAACGCAUUUCCCGUUCCAGUGCAUGAAUGAUACGGUCCACCGUCCCGCUAAGCAGCUGCCUCUUCAGACUCUGCUACACUGGAUCCUUGGUUUCAGCUGGUCCUAAAAUCUAGAACAAGCUCUGCAUGCGCUCCUCAAACACCUUGGUAAAUGCAACUGAAUACAACUGUAUCCACUAGGGAUGUCUAAUCACAGAGAAUGAAUUACUAUGGUCAUCAUAGGAUGAGAAACUGAUGAAAAAAGAGGGAACCUGAGGAAAGCUGAACGAACACUCACAAGGGGUCAUCCUCGCAAUAGUUUGGCAAGAACUUGAGGAUGACCAGCCUUUUCCGGCGAAGCAGUAGUCAUGGAGGAUCUAGAAGCAGUGGUGGGAGUGAUGGACCGAGCGAGCUAAACAACAGCAGACCCACACGCAAGGUCCGCCGUCUGGAGUUCAAUCAGGCAAUGGAGGACUUCAAGGUCAUGUUCCCCACAAUGGACUAUGAGGUCAUUGAGUGUGUGCUACGUUCAAAUAACGGAGCUGUGGAUGCCACCAUCGACCAGCUUCUACAGAUGAGUAUUGAUGGACAGACCUCAGAAGAAAGCUCAGACUCUGAUGACAGCAUCCCACCAGUGAUUCUGGAGAGGACGCUUGAACCCGACAGUUCAGAUGAGGAACCACCACCAAUCUACUCACCACCAACGUAUGAGAUGCACAUUUUUGACAGAAAAUACCCAGGAGCCCCACCAACACCCCCCCCAAGAAAAUCCCUGUUUCCUUUCCCUGUAGGUUUCCUUUUUCGAUUUAAUUACAUUUUCUAUGAAAUUCGACUUCCUGCUGUUUUUCUAUUUGACACCCAGCCAUCUUCAGGUCCCAAGCAGGUCAAAAGCUUGCGUAAUUGGAACCCCCCAUUGUUGGGGAAUCUCCCAGACAAUUUCCUGAGGAUCCUGCCUCAACAAUUAGAACAUAUAAAGAGUACACAGGUCAAUUUCUCCAACCUUGGAUCAUCACUAUCCUCAUCUUCCGUCUCCUUGAGUCACUGGACAGCCCAGUCAAGUUCUCAAUCUAGAGAUGUACACACCACUGGUAGUCCAGUUCUAAUGGCAAGAGCUACAGAACAAGACAAGAAACUGAAGCAGUACUUGGAAGAUGAGCGCAUUGCCCUUUUUCUACAGAAUGAGGAGUUCAUGAGAGAGCUCCAGCGAAAUCGGGAGUUUCUCAUUUCCUUAGAGAGAGAUCGCUUGAAGUAUGAAUCAAAGAAAUCAAAGUACACUCAUUCAUCUAGCUUGGCGAAUUGCACAGAAUCAUUUUCUGUACCUUCAUCUGAGACUGUGUCAGAAGAUGCACUGUUCAGAGACAAACUCAAGCAUAUGGGCAAAUCCACAAGAAAGAAGCUGCUUGAAAUUGCCAGAACUUUCUCAGAAAAGACAAAGAGGAAAAAGUCAAAAAGGAGAACACUUCUAAAGCAUCAUUCAUUGGGUACUGCUCAUUCCACAGCCAAUCUCCUCGAUGAUGUGGAAGAAAAGUCCUGUGAAUGGCCAGGUCAGAGAAGUCCAUAUUCAAGGAGGCUGACUGUUCCCAUGGUGCUGUGUCCCAUUAUAUCGAUGGAAACUCUAGUGGAAGGACAAAAUGAGAUGAUUCACCAGCAAAAAAAGAUGGCUAGUGGGAGAUUAUCAAACAGAGAACCUUUAAUAAUCUAGCAGAGAUCCAGAAAGAGUGGAAUGAGGGGAGAGUCACAGCUUCAAAAAACAAUUAAGAUAGACUUGGGAGAUGGACUAUAAGACUAGGAUUCCUUACGAUAAGCCACUUCUGAGCCUGAGACAGCGUAUCCUGGUUGAAAACUCUUAUUUUUUCUCAUGCAUAUAUAUCCACUUUUUGAUCAUAUUACUUGCACUGUAUGCGGUUUUGUCUUUUUUAAUAUUGUUUAUUUUUAUUGUUUUUAUCCUGUUUAAAAUGGUUUAUCUCUUUGUUUUCAAAUGCCUUUAAUCAUGUAAAGCACAUUGAGUUACCUC